AUGCAGAUUUCUCUCCAAACCCAAGUAUUUUCCUUCACUUUCCUUCUUCUUGUUCUUCUUCUUUUCCCACUGCUCUCCAAGUCUCAGCUAACUCCAAGUGAAUCAAGAACUCUCCUUGAAAUCCAGAAGCAGCUACAAUAUCCACAGGUUCUUCAACCAUGGACCAAUACAGCCAAUCUCUGUCACGUUCCUCCUUCUCCUUCCUUCAGAAUCACUUGCUUCAAUGGUCACGUAACAGAGUUAACCGUCGCCGGAAACAGAACCAGUAGUAAGCUCUCCGUAAGACUUGACAAACUCUUCACUCUUCUUACAAAACUCUCAAGCUUAAAGACUUUGUCUCUCACCUCACUCGGAAUCUCUGGUCCUCUCUCUCCUAAUAUCAUCACCAACUUAUCACCGUCUCUCGAAUCUCUCAACCUCAGCUCUAAUCUCAUCUCCGGCAAAAUCCCAAAAGAGAUUUCUUCUUUGAAGAAUCUGAAGAGCCUUGUUUUAUCAGACAAUCUGUUCGACGGUUCUGUCUCUGAUCUCAGAGGUUUGUCGAAUCUCCAAGAGCUGAAUUUGGGAGGUAAUAAUCUCGGCCCUGAAGUUCCUUCACUCCCAAGUAACCUCGUCACUGUUUCAUUGGCGAACAACUCAUUCAGAUCCAAGAUUCCAGAACAGAUCAAGAAGCUGAAUACGCUUCAAAGUCUAGACCUUUCCACCAACAAAUUCACAGGGUCGAUUCAAGAGUUUCUGUUUUCGCUUCAUUCUCUUCAAAAUCUCAAUUUGGCUCAGAAUCUGUUAAGCGGGUCACUUCCAAAUUCUUCUUGCAGCUCCUCAAAGGUUAAGACUUUAGACGUUUCUCACAAUCUUCUAACCGGAAAGCUUCCUGCUUGCUACUCUUCCAAGAGUUUUAGGAAUCAGACAGUGCUCUUCUCAUUCAACUGCUUGUCUUUGACUGGGACUCCUAACGCCAAGUAUCAGCGUCCGCUUUCGUUCUGUCAAAACCAAGCAAGCAAAGCAAUAGCUGUGAGACCUGUCCCAAAUGCUGAAGAGGAAGAUUCUGCAGAAGGCAAACUCGGUUUCUUGAUUUUGAUCCUCAUCGGCGUCGUCAUCCUUGCAGGAGUUUUGGUUCUGUUGGUUAUAGUUGUCCUAAGAAGAAGAAGAUCAAGAUCAGAAGAAGAUGAUACUUUUGAAGUAAACAGCUACAAUAACAACGAGAGACACGGCUCUGAUAAAGUCUCAGUUUCCAGCACCACAACCACCAGCUCUAAGUCACUACCAGAUUCAAGACGUGUUCCGCAGACAAUGAGAUCUGCAGUGAUCGGUUUGCCACCGUACCGGAUUUUCUCCUUGGAGGACCUAGAAGAAGCGACUAACGACUUUGAUGCAGCAAGUCUCUUCUCCGAACAGUUGUACAGAGGUUGUCUCAGAGAAGGCAUAGAAGUGACAGUGAGAUGUAUCAAGCUGAAGCACAAGAGUUUGCCACAGAGCUUGGCUCAACAGAUGGAAGUUUUAUCAAAGCUAAGGCAUAUGCAUUUGGUCAGUGUUCUUGGACAUUGCAUUGCCAGUAACCAAGACCACAAUCAACACACUGGAAACACCAUCUUCAUUGUCCAAGAAUAUUUCUCAAACGGGUCGUUGAGAGACUUCCUCACAGAUGGUAGGAAAAAAGAAGUGCUGAAAUGGCCUCAGAGAAUGUCAAUCGCCAUAGGAGUGGCUCGAGGGAUACAGUUCUUGCACAUGGGAGUAGCACCAGGAAUCUUUGGGAACAAUUUGGAGAUAGAGAAUAUCUUGCUCGAUGAAACACUCACUGUUAAAAUCAGUGGCUACACCAUUCCUUUACCAUCCAAGGUUGGAGCAGAGAGCCCUCUUAAUGCCAAAAGUCCCCGGAGCAAGGAGGAGGGGGAGAAAGAAGACGUGUACCAGUUUGGAGUGAUACUACUUCAGAUCAUCACAGGCAAAGUAGUGGCUGCAGGAUCUUCAGAGAUGGGAAGUUUGAAGCUUCAGCUGGAGAAUGGUUUGAGAGAUGAAGCAUCGGUGCUGAGCAGCUUAGUAGAUCCAUCUGUUAAAGGAUCAUAUGCGUAUGAGUCGCUGAGGACGACAGUGGAAUUUGCUAUCAAUUGUCUUUGUGAAGACCAGAGCAAGCGGCCGUCGAUAGAAGAUGUUGUAUGGAAUCUGCAGUAUACAAUUCAAGUGCAGCAAGGAUGGACAACAAACAGUGGGCAUCAUGAAUAUGCCAUGAAGGCAAUAUAUGAAUGA